UUUAUCAUAAUUUUAAAUCAUGCACAUAGAAAUGUUUAAAAUACGCUUAAGACUUAUAGUUAGCGCCACUGCAGUUAGCGCGGUUCACAUAUAUUCUUUCAGUUAAUAUUUAGACAUAAAGUACUUAUAUGAUAUAUAACUUAAGUUAAUAUUGGUUAUAAACAGAAUUAUGUGUAUGCAAGUAUCAUAUCGAUAAUUUUUUUUAUAUAAUAUAGUAAAAGAAAUGAACGAGUUUAAAGAUGAAUAACAUUAGAGCAAUAACAUUUAAGCUGUUGAGAAGAUAUGCCACUAAACCUAAACCUGAAAUUGCUGGAGUACGAGGAAAAGUACGUCUAAUGAAAAUCGAAAAUAAUAGAGAAUUUAAAGAUAAUCUUGAAGACUUUGAUGAAAAUGAUGUGGAACAAUACGAAACCGAUCUUGCUGACAUUAUUGAGUCUUAUACAGAUCAUAACAGGCAAACUGAAAAGGAUUGUAAACUACUGAAACAUCGUAUCAUUAAAAGCAAAUAUUUUAAGGAGGUAGAACCAAAUUUUCUUACAUACGUUGAAAAAGAUCAAAUACAGAAGCUGCAUGAAGAAAAUCCUGAUGAGUGGACACCUGAAAGACUCAGUGAAAGUUUUCCAGCUUUACCUGAAACCAUAAAAAAGAUCUUGAAAUCAAGAUGGGAACCAAAAUCAGUAGAAAGGAUUCUUGCAUACGACAAUAAGGUUAUUAAAAAUUGGAAACAAUUUAAAACUGGGCAAUUACCAGUGAAUGCUAACUUAAAAGAGCAUUUAAUGAAAUUUAAAGAUAGAAAAAUUAGUUUAACAGACAGGAAAACUUUGGCAGAAAAAUAUAUACCAGCAAAGAUAGAAUUUCCAAAACCCAGAAGUUCAUUUUUUGGUAGUAUUAUAGCAGAUUCUAUUAAGGAGAAACCAAUUGCAGAAGAUAAAGUAUUAAUUUCUUCACAAAAUCCUCCAAACAAAGAUAGAAAGAUAACCAAUGCAAUGAAAGAGAAAGAUUCUAGAUUAGUCAAGAAAACAAGCAAUAGUCUUAUACAUAGAGAAAUGCAUAACGAAAAAGCGAUCAUGAAAAAUGAACUGAUAAUUUCCUCACAUAACAAUACAAAUAGAGAUAGAAAAAAAUCUAUAGUAAAUGAGGAAAAUUUAACAUUAGUCACAAAAACAAGCAAUGGCUCUGAAAGUAGCAAAAUCCACAAUGCAAAAAAGCAUGAUAUAAAACAGGAAACAUUACUCUUUGAAGAAUUCUUGAAACACAAAUUACAUAAUUCAGAUGAGACAUCAUAUAAAGAAAGGACAACAUUGUUGGAUACUUAUAAAAAGUAUAUAGAAUCUAAGAAUUCAGAAGAUGUAAGUCCUAACAUAUUAAAUAAUACUACAAAAGAUACUAAUAUUGAAGAAAAAUGUGUUAGCACUCCAAAGAAUUUAUCUGAUGAAAAUAUGCUGGAUGUUAGAACAAAUGCAACUGAAUCCAAAGUAGCAACCAAAGCAGAAAUCAAAAGUGCAAGCUUGGAUACAUAUGUAAAAGAGCGAAUCUCUUAUAUGGAUAUGGAUUUGGAAUAUACAAAACGUAUAAAAAUUCCUCAAAGUGUUUACAAAAAAGGCAAGACAUAUAGGAUAAAGGAUUGUUAUUAUGAUUAUGAUGGAGAAUUUUUAUAUAGAAUACCAGGAUUAAGGGGAGAUUGAUCAUUAUAU